AUGAUCCUCAAUGAGGAAGAGCCGUGGAAAGCGGGCGGCGUUGGCCAAGUCCCAGCUGCGGGGAUUGUGCUGCAGUCGGUGAAGAGCUCAGCGAGUCAGGUGGUCUACUCGGUAGUACUUCAGACAGGCACCGCGAGGACUGGGGUCCCCAUCUUCAACAUGGACGACAACCAGACCCAGGACAACUUCACCAUAGCCGACCUGGAGAUGGAAGAGAACGACCCUGACAUUAACUCUUUGUCAGCCGUUGGCCUCGUUCUUCGAGGCAUGGCCAUGGCCGCGAUUAUGGUCGGGGCCAUAUUCGGAAAUGUGUUAGUUAUAAGUAGUGUACUACGAUUCGAACGACUUCGAGGGAUCACCAACUUUUUUAUAGUUUCUCUCGCGUUCGCGGACUUAUUAGUCUCUAUUUUAGUCAUGCCGUUCAACGCGAGUAUGGAGAUUUCAGGUAAAUGGGUCUUCGGUCGGACUAUGUGCGAUAUAUUUAACGCCAACGACGUGUUGUUUAGUACAGCUUCAAUCCUCCACCUCUGCUGCAUUAGUAUGGAUCGUUACAUCGCCAUCCUUCACCCUCUACAAUACGAAACUAAAAUGACUAGACCACGAGCUUUGUUCAUGCUCUGUGUCACGUGGAUAUCAUCCAUACUCAUCUCGUACAUCCCGGUGUACUCACAACUGUACACGACAGAGGAGAACAUGCAAGCACUCAUCAGUGACCCAGAUUCCUGUCCGUUUAUCGUCAACAAAGUCUACGCGGGCGUCUCAUCAAGCGUCUCUUUCUGGAUACCCUGCACGAUCAUGGUCUUCGUGUACGCCCGGAUAUUCAUGGAGGCACGCAAGCAGGAGAAGAUGAUCCAAUCUUCAGCGUUGUACAUGCAUUAUUCAGACUUAAGAAACGCUAAUGGGCUCGCUCUAGACGGUGAAGCGCAUAGAUCUGAACGCAGACGCAUGAAACGUGAACACAAAGCGGCGAAAACUCUCGGGAUAAUCAUGGGGGCGUUUAUACUGUGUUUUCUCCCUUUUUUCUCGUGGUACGUUGCCACAACAAUGUGCCGGGAUACCUGCCCGUACCCGCCCAUGUUAGGAUCCGCCUUAUUUUGGGUUGGUUAUUUCAACUCGUGCCUCAACCCCAUCAUCUACGCCUACUUCAACCGCGAGUUCCGCACGGCGUUCAAAAAACUUCUUCGCCUGGACCGUGUCCCGUGUGACGCCAGUUGUGACCCCACCACCCGGGCCCUCAACACGUCAUACGCCAAUCACAACGUCCUCAAUCAGACAAGGGAAACAUGUAACAUGGCCGUUCGUUUGUCCGAUAGCUCUGUGCAUCGACCAUGA